CUUCCCUCAGUCCAACGUGGUUCCUCCGGCCGCGCUGCCGGUCCCGUCCCCGCCGCGCCGCGCUGCGCCGGGCGAUUUAUGAGGAAUCAAAGAUGAACUUGGAGCAGGAGAGGCCUUUUGUCUGCAGUGCCCCAGGCUGCUCACAGCGUUUUCCAACAGAAGAUCAUCUGAUGAUUCACAGGCACAAACAUGAAAUGACUUUGAAGUUUCCUUCAAUAAAAACAGAUAAUAUGUUAUCAGAUCAGACUCCUACACCGACACGCUUUCUGAAGAACUGUGAGGAAGUGGGCCUCUUCAACGACAUCGACUGCUCCUUAGAGCACGAGUUUAGGAAGGCACAAGAAGAAGAAAACAACAAAAGGAAUAUCUCCAUGCAUAACACAGUUGGAGGAGCAAUGGCAGGACCUGGAUCUCACCAGCUGACAAAUACAAGGAUGCCAAACCAUGACACCAGUGUUGUGAUUCAACAAGCUAUGCCAUCUCCUCAGUCCAGUUCUGUCAUUACACAAGCACCUUCCACAAAUCGACAGAUUGGGCCUGUCCCAGGUUCUCUGUCUUCACUACUGCAUCUACACAACCGACAAAGACAGCCUAUGCCUGCCUCUAUGCCUGGCACCCUGCCCAACCCUACCAUGCCCGGAUCUUCUGCUGUACUCAUGCCUAUGGAGCGACAAAUGUCAAUGAACUCCAACAUCAUGGGAAUGCAGGGGCCGAACCUCAACAAUCCUUGUGCUUCACCUCAAGUCCCCCCAAUGCAUUCGGAAGCCAAAAUGAGAUUGAAGGCAGCACUGACUCAUCACCCUGCCGCUAUGUCGAAUGGGAAUAUGAACACCAUGGGCCACAUGAUGGAAAUGAUGAGCUCGCGGCAGGACCAGACGCCACACCAUCAUAUGCACUCACAUCCUCAUCAACACCAGACACUGCCACCUCACCACUCCUACCCCCACCAGCACCAGCACCCAGCGCACCAUCCUCAUCCUCAGCCUCAUCACCAGCAGAAUCACCCCCACCACCACUCCCACUCGCACCUUCAUGCACACCCUGCACAUCACCAGACCUCGCCGCACCCACCGCUGCAUUCGGGCGGACAAGCACAGGUUUCGCCGGCCGCACAGCAGAUGCAGCCCACGCAGACGAUACAGCCGCCGCAGCCCACUGGAGGCCGUCGGAGAAGGGUGGUGGAUGAAGACCCCGAUGAGAGGAGGAGGAAAUUUCUGGAGAGGAACCGAGCCGCUGCCACACGCUGCAGACAGAAGAGGAAGGUCUGGGUGAUGUCACUGGAAAAGAAAGCAGAAGAACUCACCCAGACAAACAUGCAGCUUCAGAAUGAGGUCUCCAUGCUGAAAAAUGAGGUAGCACAGCUGAAACAGUUGUUGUUAACGCAUAAAGACUGUCCGAUAACAGCCAUGCAGAAAGAAUCACAAGGAUAUCUAAGUCCCGAGAGCAGUCCUCCUGCGAGCCCGGUCCCGGCGUGCUCCCAGCAGCAAGUCAUCCAGCACAACACCAUCACCACCUCCUCCUCCGUCAGUGACGUUGUGGGCAGCUCCACUCUCACCCAGCUCGCCAGCCACAGAACAGACAUCAACCCAAUCCUUUAAAACUGGUGGAUCAGAAACUGCUAGGGGAAUGUGGUAGCGUAUCAAAACGUCCUCUGUGCUAAGGACAUUUUUGACCGUAACUCAAGCCUGGAAGAUUCCUCAGUUCUUGAAAGACUCUGGCUUUCAUUUUUAUAGUUAUUAAAAUGUCUUUUAUACUUAGCUACAUAAAAGGGAGUUAUGCAAUUAAUAUGCUAUCAGCUUGAGAAAUGCUUUGGUGCUUUCUCCAGUUUUUUUGGUACCAGUUACUUGUUUAUAAACCUAACUGUCUCUGUACAUAGUCACAUUUUCUUCUCACCAGUCUAGCCUGAAGCCUCAGAAAUAUGGAGUUGUGUUAAACUGCAGCUUGUUAGGCAAUGUGAGGCAUGAAAAGUAUUAAACAGAGUCAUCUGUAGGUAACUAGGAAUAAUUAGGCUAUAAAUAUAUAGAGAGGGCAUCUGCUGACAGCAUCAUAAAAAAUGAGUUAGAAUUGUGCUAUCACCAGAACCUCGUCUUGUAAUCAGAGCCUCUUUCAACGCGGUUACACAGUAUGUGGCUAUCGGAACAAACCCAAACCCCAGUAACGUGCCCUUUUGCGCAGCCGACCUCCUCCAGCUCUCUCCCACCCUGCCCUUUUUGUCCUUCAGUUAUUCUCACAACUCUCUUCUCCCUUCCUGAGCCCUCUGCCCUUCUUUUUGCCAAGCUUCCUCUCCUCCCCCACCCCGCCCAGAGAACAGUGAUGAACAAGUAAAAACUUCAAGCCUACCUAAAAACUGCCAGCACGGCUGCUGCUUUCACUAGCUCUUCACCCACAGCUGGGCCGCACCGAGCUUUUCUGUUUUGAAAAAUAGAAAUGCUCCUGAUUUAGUGCUUUUAAUAAACAGGGAAAGGCGAAAGCAGUGCAGUUGCAGGUGAAGCAAGAUUGAAAGCCAGCUGUGUUGAUGCUAGGAGUCGUGUAAGCUGCUGAGGUAAAUGGCUGUGGCACAGUGCAGGCAUAGCAAGUAACACCUGAGAAUUACAGCAAUUCUUUAGCACUGCCAGUCGUUAACAUAGCAAAUCCAUGUAGUAUAUAAUUCAGAAAAGUUCUGUUCCCUAACCUGCUUACAUUGUUCUAGCACCGAAAGCUAACAGCCUCAGAUUUCACAGGCUAUAAAUGAAAAAUAAAUCAGUGUAACCAUUCUGACCAGUUGGAAAAACGCCACUUUUAAUUACCAGGGAAAGUCCUGGUCUCUGCAGGCAUGCCCUUGGAUGUACAUGGACUGGCUCUGAGCUGGCAGACAUCAGUGGGGCUUCACUGACCGUAAUGGCACUUAUGCCAGUUUACAGUGGGUAAGGAAUUGUCUCAUAAUGACGCUAAAAAAUUUUUUAUAAAGUGUGCAGCCACUGAGAAGUGCUGCAAGAAUGGCAAAUUCCACUGCACUCACUGGAUAAAAUUCAGUCCUGCAAAGAGGGUCUGUAAAGGGGCUUUAUGCCACAAUUAAGGUUUUUGUUUGGACUAUGUGCCUGCCCCUCAGCACAACGGAUUUGCAUCCCAGAGUAGUAGCAGUGAUUGAUGGGGAAAUCAGAGGGAGAUGAUGCCAGUUAAUUACGCUGCCUUUCAAUAUCCUGGGACCUGGUUUUGCUCUCAAGGCUGGCAGUGGUGAUACCUCCUUCGUCUGCCCCAGGGAGCAGACCAGGCUUGGAAUUGGCGAUGAACGUUCAAAAUUUUCAAACUGCAUCUUUAAUAGCAAAAGAUAAUUCAUGCUAUUCUUAGCAGACACUCCAGCCCAGAACACGCUUCAUUCUGAAAUGAGGUUCUUGUCCUCAGCUGCUGUUUCUUGGUUGUGAGAGGAGUCAUGGGUUUUAGUAGGGUGACUCUUCUCAGAGUGGGAAGGAGAGCUAAACAAGUGAAGUGAGAGGCACUGUCAGGAGCAAGGCCCUUUUGGAAGGAAAAGCAAAAUUCUGAGGGUCAUUUCUGAAUUAGUUCUUAUCUUGGUAACUAACUUUUUUAUCAGUAUUCUUGAACAGCUCUCUUUCCAUUUAUGCAAAUACAUUCAAAAGAAGAUUUUUAAUGUACAGUGUAAAUCUUGACUUGAUUAUAUAGUCUAAGAACCAAAAAAAAAAUUAAGAAAAAAUACAAAUGUAAAGAAUUUUCUAUUAUAUUUUAGACAAACAUAUACUUUUAAAGUGUUUUAAAUACUGAAUCUAUAAUUUUUUUUAAUCUCCGGUUGUAAUAGCUAAAUGGUUUUGCUUCAUCAUGGCUCCCAAAGGAACUUCUUUCAAAUAUGCAGUCGAGCAAAAUGUUCCAGCUGAAUAUCCACGAUGUAAAAGACAAAACAAGCCUUUCCCCUGUGUCUGAAUGUCAUCAUUCACUGUGGAAAAUAAAAUGCCAUCACAGGGUUAAUUUGCAAACUUUCCCUCUAUGUGGGUAGCACUUAAAUACGUUAAAAAAUAAAAAUCUAAGUAGUUGAUAACGUUAGAAUACCCAGAUGAGCUGCACUGCACUAGAAUUACGGUUUACCUUCAUUUUAUGCAGUCUCCUCAAUUAAAAUAUUUAGCUGUUAAACUGAAAGCCUCUACUUUAAAAAGGAAAAAAAAAAAGCAAAAAAAAAAAAUACAAAAACCUUGCCUAAGUUUUGUUAAAUUCAGCAACUUGACAGUUUGACUGAUGUGUAUUAUAUAUAGCUCAAUUAUUUCUUUUUUUAAUGCUAACUAGGCAAGCCAACCACACAUGUUGGCCUAAAUGUGUAAUUACAAUGAAAUGUCUCCUCUCUAUACUAUUGGCCUUUAGGUAUAAUCAUUGCUAGUGAUGUGGAAAUAAGUAAAGGAUAAAAAGCUAUUUGCUAUUGCUUCUUGUAACUCUGUCACAGGUUCACAGGCCAAGCCAACACGCAGCAUAUUUAUAUCAGCUCUAUCGGUAAAAGGACCAACCCUGCCAGGCACCUUAUAUCGCUUGUCAGAUUCACUUCCACCUUAAAAUGCUCUUGUUUUGCAGGGCAGGGACCCUUCAGCCUUUCUGCAGGCCUUCGGCCGGCUGUGUGCUGGGGCAGCCUGAGGAAGGGCUGCAGGCCAGACCCCUGCCCCUCUGCCCCGCUGCGGCCUUCCUCUCAGCACGUCCUCACCGCACUCCCCACGCUCUUUCGUUCGCGGAGAAUCCCUGCUUUUCCACCAACUGCUGCUGGAGUCUGAUGUGCUUUUCUCCUGCCUCUCGAGCCCAGCCCGUUGGCAGACUCUGGGCCCCGUCCCACCGCCAGGGACUUGGUGGGGAGCUCCCCUGCUCAGCUUUGCUCGGCACAGGCUUCCUUCACCGGGAGGAAGCCUGCUCACCUCAAAGAUAUUUCUGGGGAUGACAUUUCUUGUUGCAUGACAGCGGAAGUACGUUGGAAAUCUCAGCCACGGACAAUUGCAAUACUUUUAUCUGAAAGAAACUAUGCUGUGAUCCAGCUCCUUCUACCCCAGCCCCUUCCCUGGGUCAACUUCUGCAAGCCAUAUUCAUGACACUGCCUGUGGGAGACAAGUAGUUUGUGUGCUAUCAUGGUGUGUUUUAUAAGGACGAUGAGGAUGAUUUAUGGAGAAUUUUGUGCUGUUUGGAGUUAAUUCCUGCUACGAAGCUAAAUGUAUGCUGCCCAUGUUCUGAAUAGUGGAAAGUCAAUGGUUCAGUGCCUCAAUGCGUGUGGAUUUUUUGUGUUAACUGACUCCGUCCUAUUAACUAACAAGCCAGCUAUAACUGUUGUUAAAUGCCCAAUUUUUGAGAAUUCAUAUUUUUUUAAGCAACAAUAUUUAGUGUUUAAAACUAGCCUUUUAGUUUAGGCAAAAUGUGCUUUUUAGAAGCUAAUACCUUUUUUUUUAAAAAAAAAAAAAACAUAUAGAGUGAAUUUAUGAAAACUCAUGAGGACCAAAGCAAUUUUAAAACAGGAAUCUAUUAAUUUAGUAUUCACAUAGAAUUUUAUAAAGUAUUUAUUAAUAAAUGUUAUUUUAACACAUUCCAUUUGAACAGUAUUCUUGUACAGAAUCUGUUUGGUUUUGUUUUUAUUUUUUUUUUCUUUUAAAGUUACAAUAUUAGUUUUGCAAUAAAGUGCUCUAGGUGUGUGUGCAUCUUAAUCUUUGAGGGUCUCAAGCAGAAGACAUCCAUCUAAGAUGGAAAAGUUUGCUGAGGUCAGUUGUACAGAAAUUCCUAGAAUUAAAUGUUUUCCUUAAAGCAGCAUCUGCUUUUUUUUUUUUUUUUUUUUUUUUUUAGUAACAGCAAAACAAAUUACAAACCUUCAGUUGUUUCCUUUGUAUUGGAAAAUAUGCUCUCUCAUUUUAGAAAGCAUGGGUCAACAUAUAACUGGAAAGCCUGUCUUUUUUUUCUCCUUUUUUUUUAAAGACUGAUUACGUACAUUGCCAUGGAAGAUCUAACCGCAUUCUUGUUUCUCUUCUAAUAUCACAUAGUGAGUUGCACUAUACUGCCUUAUCAUUGCUUCUUCUGUCCUCUUACUAAGCAGUGUUCUUUAGAUGUAGACCAUUGAAACUCCAUUAUGCAUCAGAUAAAGUUACUGAAGGGGGAAGAAGAAAAAAAGAUCGAUCUGUAGACAUGAAAACUAAACUGUGCCUAUAAAACAAAACCAGUUCCAACUAAUUAGUACCUUAUUUCUACGUUUCAAUUAUUUAUAUUAUUUUAAAAUUGCACUUUAGCUCUUGCUCUCCUUCUUGCUCUCCCUUGUUAGGUCAUUUAUAAUUCUCUUGUAAGACGUUUGCACCAGAUACAUUUAUAUGCUUUCACUGGUGGCAUAUCUACAACUUGUCUCUCACACCUGCCCAAAUGGAGAAGCUGAAAACAACCAAGUCAGCAGUGUGACUUAGACUUUACACCCUCUUCAUGAUAGCAUAUAAAUGUUUAAUUAUGCAAAGUGUGUGAGGCAGGAUCUAAGCUACGUUUAUAAUCUCUCAUCCUGAGAACCAAAGUGUCCUGUGUAGCGUAAGGUCAGGAGACUGGCUCUGUUGUGCAUGAUAAUGCACUUUGACUGUUGUCCAUCCCACGGUAGCUGUGACGCUGCAGUGAUAACAGUGGCCAUACUGUGUAUUAAAAGUCUAAAUCAAUAAAAUAUGUUGCCUUAUAACUUGACUAGGGACAGCACCUUUUAAAAAAAAAGAAUAAGAAAAGAGACUAAAAACUUCUAAGGACAAACAAAAGCAAUAAAAUCUUAAGUGAUCUAAACACCAAAAAAAAAAUCAUUAAUUUUUUCAUCAUCUGAAGUCAUCAUCAUAUUGCAAAGACAAAAGAGACUGUUUAUAUCGGUAACAUUUUUUCAGAGCUUACAGUUAUCUCAGUUUUAUCAGUGGCUUUACACUUAGAGCUAAAUUGCUUACUGUUGUUGAUUUUACAUAGCUUUCAGAUCUACUUUAUAGCAAAUCUUAAAACUCCGUGAGGCCAAAAAUGUCAGUGUUCGUGUACACUCACAAAAAAGAUUGAUUCACUAAGUGGAAAUCUGAUCCUUUCCCAGGCUCUCCUUGGACUGGAAUCAAUAAUUGCAACUUGCUAUAUUUAGGCUGAUGUGUAAUACCUGGUAUUCAGGAUCUCCAGUUCUAUAUUUAUGCAAAUUAAUGUUAUGCUAAGUUUCCCUGGGUAGAACUUUUCCCGACGCCCCCCAAAACAGCAUGCCAGCUUAUGUUGCGAGACUCACAGACCCAAAUCUCUUUUUGGCUAAAAUCUGUGCAGCAGUUUUCUGAAUGAAGACUGUAAACUCAUUCUGCCUUUGCAGCAGUCACAGCGGUGUCAGGAAAGAAGGCACGGGAGGCUGAUAAUGUAUCUGAAGGGAAAUGUUUUCCUUGCUGGAUUCUAGGAAAUUCCAGAGAAAUUCUUCCCCUCGCCCCUAGGAGCUGGGGUUGAAGAGAUAUCAGAGACAGCCUUUACCGUGCUUCCAAAAGCAUUUUGCAUGCAAGGUGUGCUCCCUCUUCAGAAUGAGAGUAAUUGCCACUGAGAGUUUUGCCAAGAACUUUAUAAUCUGAACCCAAGUGUUUCCCAGCCCAUGUUGGUGAGCUCUGUACUUAACUCCGUAACAGCUCAAUUUAAACUCUGGGUAGCAAUCAUCCAUGCAAGUCGCUUUUUUCGAAUAUUGUCAUUGUCCUGGUUUUAAGGAACUUUUAGCACUGCUUGGAGUAAGCCUAAACUAUCGAAGUUUAUAUAUAAAUAUAAGAUAUUAUAUUAAAAAAGGUGCUGUCACAGUAAGUUUUGGGCUUGAGGUUGUUUGUAUUGUAUGCAAAGGUUUUAUGUUUGUUUGUCUGUUUUAUUCUGUAAAGCAACCACCUUCCUUACUGGAGGGAGAUAAUUUUUUUUUUUUUGGUACAUAAGUGUAAAUACUUGCUGCAGCAUUUAAUAUGUUUAAUUUUAUGCUAAGCUUUUUGUUGCAUUGUGAACCCAUUAUUGUUGCAAAUGGACAAUGAGUUCAUUGAGACUGUUCAACUAGGUCAGAUUUUUACAUCUCUUUCUAGCUAGAAGAGACAGGAUUUUUGUGCAUUUGUACAAAUGUUAAUAAUAUCACUGCAAUUCCAAUAUAAUAAAGCACUCAAAUACAAAUA